AUGGCUGUGGGACCACGAGUCAACAAGGAAGAGUUCAUGCGCGCUUUAGGCCUAACUACCUCUUCUCAAGAUGAACAGUUCUAUCGAGCCAUGCGGGACGAAGCAAUCCAAAUCUACAACCGCAUGAACCAAGACCGCAGCAACCUCCUCGACUCCCUCCGCGAUGACCCCCGCACCCAACCCCCCUUCUACUGGCACCACAUCCGCCCCGAGUGCCAGCGCUGGGGCAUCCUGGAGAUCUGGCGGACGGCGUCGUCGUACACGAGGCCGUAUUUCGACCGUGGCUCGACGAGCGGCGAGUACGGGCCGAAUUGGGUUGCGGGGUGGUUGUUGUAUAGUGUGUUUCGGUCGAGAGAUGAGAGGAAUAAUCGGAAUCGGAGGAGGGGGAAUGAGGCCGCACGGAAACAGGUGGACUUAUCGCAUCAGUUGCAGCAAAAUCAACAGCAGCAGCAGCAUGGACAUGGACAUGGACAUGGGCAGCAGGAGCAGGGUACGAAAGGGUACUAUGACCCCGUGCGGAAUGGGACGGUGAAUUGA